UCUGCGCUGCGUCUACUCAUGCGUCAUUCUUAUGCGCUGCCUAAAGCGCUGCGUCAUUCCUCUGCGCCGCAUCUGGCUGGUCUGUAAUUAGUGGACGCAGAUGGAGACUGAGGAGGCUGCCGAGGCUGCGGCGGCGGUGUCUGGGAACAGCAAGCCCGGACCUGGACCUGAGCUGUUAGUGGCUUGGAAUACCGUGAGCACCGGGCUAGUGCCGCCGGCUGUUCUGGGGCUGGCAUCUUCCCGGACCAGCGGUGCGGUUCCGCCGAAGGAGGAGGAGCUCCGUGCGGCGGUGGAGGUUUUGAGGGGCCACGGUCUGCACUCGGUCCUGGAGGAGUGGUUCGUGGAGGUGCUGCAGAACGACCUGCAGGCUAACAUCUCGCCCGAGUUCUGGAAUGCCAUCUCUCAGCGCGAAAACUCUGCCGACGAGCCCCAAUGCCUUCUGCUGCUCCUUGACGCUUUCGGCUUGCUGGAGAGCCGCCUGGAUCCCUACCUGCGUAGCCUAGACCUUUUGGAGAAAUGGACUCGCUUGGGCUUGCUGAUGGGCACUGGUGCUCAAGGGCUUCGAGAAAAGGUCCACACCGUGUUGCGGGGAGUCUUGUUCUUUUCCACCCCCAGGACCUUCCAGGAGAUGGUCCAGCGCCUCUAUGGGCGCUUCCUAAGAGUCUAUAUGCAGAGUAAAAGGAAAGGGGAAGGGGGCACAGACCCAGAACUGGAAGGGGAAUUGGACAGCCGAUACGCCCGCCGGCGGUACUAUCGGCUCCUGCAGAGCCCACUGUGUGCAGGGUGUGGCAGUGACAAGCAGCACUGCUGGUGCCGCCAGGCCCUGGAGCAGUUUCACCAGCUCAGCCAAGUCCUGCACAGGCUCAGUCUGCUGGAGCGGGUGAGUGCUGAGGCAGUGACCACCACCCUGCACCAGGUCACCCGGGAGAGGAUGGAGGACCGCUGCCGAGGCGAGUAUGAGCGUUCCUUCCUGCGUGAGUUCCACAAGUGGAUCGAGAGGGUGGUUGGCUGGCUGGGCAAGGUGUUCCUGCAGGACAGCCCUGCUCGGCCUGCGUCCCCCGAGGCUGGAAGCACGUUGCGCCGGUGGCGCUGCCACGUGCAGAGGUUCUUCUACCGCAUCUAUGCCAGCCUGCGCAUCGAGGAGCUCUUCAGCAUCAUCCGAGACUUCCCAGACUCCCGGCCAGCCAUUGAGGACCUCAAGUACUGCCUGGAGAGGACCGACCAGAGACAGCAGCUGCUUGUGUCCCUCAAGGCUGCCCUGGAGACACGGCUUCUCCACCCAGGCGUCAACACAUGUGACAUCAUCACUCUCUACAUCUCGGCCAUCAAGGCGCUGCGAGUGCUGGAUCCCUCCAUGGUCAUCCUGGAGGUGGCUUGUGAGCCCAUCCGCCGCUACCUGAGGACACGCGAGGACACGGUGCGGCAGAUUGUGGCUGGGCUGACUGGGGACUCGGAUGGGACUGGGGACUUGGCAGUUGAGUUGUCCAAGACUGACCCAGCCAGCCUGGAGACAGGCCAGGACAGUGAGGAUGACUCCGGCGAGCCUGAAGAUUGGGUCCCUGACCCUGUGGAUGCCGAUCCAGGGAAGUCAAGCUCCAAGCGGCGCUCCUCGGACAUCAUCAGCCUGCUGGUCAGCAUCUACGGCAGCAAGGACCUCUUCAUCAAUGAGUACCGCUCCCUGCUUGCAGACCGCCUCCUGCACCAGUUCAGCUUCAGCCCUGAGCGGGAGAUCCGCAACGUGGAGCUACUGAAACUGCGGUUUGGCGAAGCCCCUAUGCACUUCUGUGAGGUCAUGCUGAAGGACAUGGCAGAUUCCCGCCGCAUCAACGCCAACAUCCGCGAGGAGGAUGAGAAGCGGCCUGUGGAGGAGCAGCCACCGUUUGGGGUCUAUGCCGUCAUCCUGUCCAGUGAGUUCUGGCCCCCAUUCAAGGAGGAGAAGCUGGAGGUCCCUGAGGACAUCAGGGCCGCCCUGGAGGUCUACUGCAAGAAAUACGAGAAGCUGAAGGCCAUGCGGACCCUCAGCUGGAAGCACACCCUGGGCCUGGUGACCAUGGAUGUGGAGCUGGCUGACCGCACCCUGUCUGUGGCAGUGACACCUGUGCAGGCAGUGGUCUUGCUAUACUUCCAGGACCAAGCCAGCUGGACCCUGGAGGAGCUGAGCAAGGUGGUGAAGAUGCCCGCGGCGCUGCUGCGGCGCCGCAUGUCUGUCUGGCUGCAGCAAGGCGUGCUGCGGGAGGAGCCGCCGGGUACCUUCUCCGUCAUUGAGGAGGAGCGGCCACAGGACCGUGACAACAUGGUGCUCAUUGACAGCGAUGACGAGAGUGACUCUGGCAUGGCCUCACAGGCUGACCAGAAGGAGGAGGAGCUGCUGCUCUUCUGGACAUACAUCCAGGCCAUGCUGACCAACCUGGAGAGCCUUUCGCUGGAGCGCAUCUACAGCAUGCUGCGCAUGUUCGUCAUGACAGGCCCUGCGCUGGCAGAGAUUGACCUGCAGGAGCUCCAGGGCUACCUGCAGAAGAAGGUGCGUGACCAGCAGCUCAUCUACUCCGCUGGCGUCUACCGCCUGCCCAAGAGCUGCAGCUGACAAGUGCCCAGCAGGCCCUGUCCAGUGUGACCCCAGGUGGACAGCUGGGGGCUCCCCUCUCUGUCCCACUGCUGUGUUCCUACACCCUGCCGGCCCCCACAUCUCUGCCUUUCCUCCCCUGUUCUGCCUCCUGGUCUCUGUACCCGUCUCCACCACCAGAACUCAGAUUAAAGUCGGUCAGUUCA